UUUCGGAUGUUGUUGGGGCCGGGUGACAUCAUGACUUUCGUUACUUCAUAGUGGUUACUCUUUCGUUCUUGCACUGGCAAUUUCGAAUUAUGUCACGUAACCAUUAGACUCACACUUGUUAAAUUGUGUUUCACUACUACUAUCCACCUGUUGUUGUGCCAAUACAGUAGACUCCGUGCCUCGGUAAAUGGGCUAGCAACUGGAUCGCAAGCACUUUUAAAUGGACUAUUGGACCAUGCUGAAGCUGCCAGGCCACACAGUUAUUCAACUGUGGUCCCAAGGUAUGAGAUCCCCUCCAUGGCCAUGGAAAUAGGACAGUGAUUCACUCGUGAGGUUGUUGAACAACCACGGAAGAAACGAAAGACCAGCAAUAAAAAGAAAACUCACGACCGUGCUGGACGGCCGACUGCAACCGUCACCUUUCUUGUUACCUGCUAUGAUGGCCCAGGAGCAGUGAUGACGAAUAAUGUAGAUUUGCCAUUGCUGAUUGAAAAUGGUCUUGGUGCACCUCAAUCAGAAAUAACUAAUUUGGGGCGUAGAGGGACUAAAUUCCCCCUCAAUCUGACUGCAGAGGAGUUCCAUGCAGCUUUGAUAGCUCUGUUCCCUGCCGUCAACCUCAUUAACUACCAGAUCUGUCGGGCUGGUGUGUCGAAGCGAUUGAGCACAAUGACAGGGAAAACUCCAAGUGAAUUGAAAGGGGAGUUAGCAAGUCGCUCUACCAGGUGUAUCUACCUUGUCCCAGAUAGGAAGAUCACCUCCACUCCGGAUGCGUUAUUAUACAAUCGUAAAAGAAGUGCCACACCUGUGAAUGGAGUUGUUGUUACACCUCCGCCAGAACCCCAAGCCCAGGUACACCCAGAGCCUCAAGUUGGAGUUCAAGAUGAUCUUUUGCAGCCUCCGCCAGAACCCCAGGCCCAGGUAGACCCAGAGCCUCAAGUUCGAGUUCAAGAUGAUCUUUUGCAGAACCCCCCAACCAUUUGUCCUACAUGCCAUCGGACAGACGUGACAGCAUCAGGCUGUCAAUUCUGCAUGUUACAGCAAGCUCUUGAACAGUCUCUUGAGAUGGACCGUGCCAGGGAGCAAAGGGCUAUACGGGAAGCUGAGCAGUUAAGGGAGGCCAGAGAGUUAUCUGAUCGGGCAGAACAAAUACGUAACGAGAGAAGAAGUCGCUCUAGUGUAUUUGUUGGGCCGUCAAAUCAAGAGGGCUUCACCCUAAGGAUAAGAACAGACAGGAACAGUCUCACUGGGCAGUUUCGGGAAUCUGACAGUUUGUCUGAUCUGAUGGACUUGAUUGGGUCUGAGGAUGAGGCCACUAGCCAAUUCUAUGUUUCCUCCCUGGACAAAAGGAUUUUGUGCUGUGUAGAAAAUGCUUCAAAGACACUAGGUUAUUUUGGGAUUGUUCAGAAUGAAGUCCUGAAUGUCAACUGGAUUACCGAUGAGACACCUACCCAAGCUCCUUCAUCUGAAGUCACACCUACCCAAGCUCCUUCGUCUGAAGUCGUGAUAAAUGGUACCUCUGAUCAAAGUUACAGUCCACAAAAUGAACCUAUCCGCCCUGAAGACAGGAUCUACAUCCCUAGUGUGAUUCUCCGACCACCACGAAGGACGUCAGCUUUAAAUGCAGCCAAUUUUAUUUCAGCUGUUGCACAUGACACGUUACCUGAAUUACGUCCCACAUCUUCAUUGGCGAAUGGACCUUCUGUUACCAGAGGUGCACUUGAUGAGCCUGCUGAAUUGACCACAUUGGCUACUGGUAGUGGUACCACACGUGCAAGAGGUCGUGGACGAGGCCGAGGCCGAAGCCGGGGACGGGGUGCAGGACGCCAAGAUGGCCCAACCCAGCUGACCACAUUGAAUACUGGUAGUGGUACCACACGUGCAAGAGGUCGGGGACGAAGACGGGGUGCAGGACACCAAGAUCGCCCUACCCAGCUGGCUACUCAAGACAAUGCAUCAGAUAAUAUGGGAGCGGCUCAUGAUAGUGAAGAACGAAGACAUAUCCCUGAUCAUCAACACACAGCUGAUAAUUUGCCACACCGUCGUGACAUGAGGUUGAGACCAAACAUCAGCAGACCAGAUAAGAGCUUGUUGAAGCUUUCCCUCACUGAGUUCCAGAUGGCCACCCGUGAAGGAAACUUUGACCUUAAACAGAGGUUGGAGGUUGAUAGAAACAAUGUAUUGGGUGGCACUAUGGCCAUUGCUAAUGAGAUCAAUUAUACGUAGGAUGUGGAUGUGAAAUUCCUUAACGAAGAGGCAGAGGACAUGGGAGGACCGAAAAGAGAAUUCUUCAGUACUGCUUUUCUAUACUGGGUCAUUGUCAUCUUCAGAAUGGAGAAGACAUGCGCUGAAGUCUUUAGAGCAUGUUACAAUGUGUGACUGCCUUCUUGUCAAAGGCAAACUAUCCAAGAGGAUUUCCCAGAAAUUAUCUUACCCAAAACAAAAGUAAAUAUAGAGUUGUAAGACGUUACAUGGAGAUGCAUCUCACCCGCAGUUAAUUUUGGCAAAUAUGUUUUCUGGAAGUUAUUAAAAAGUUGUUCAGAGAGUCGUUGCAUUAUUCUAAAUUUGCGCCAUUUACGACAAAAGAAAUAUUUCAAUGCAGGACGUCUGCUGUCAUGGAGCCUUCUCCACUGUGGGCCAGGAUUAGGGUUCCUGGAUUCCAGGCUGUGGAACCUCAUGUCGGACCCACACUAUCAAGUUGAAAGUGAUCAACCAACCGCAUUCAACCUACCAGAUGUGGAUGCUUGCAUCAAUUUGAUGGAGUUAGAGGCAUGUGAAAAUGAUGAGGAUUUCGCCUCAAAAUGUCGAGACCUCACAACUUGGGGAGAGUCCUGCGGAUAUCCUGAAAUAUCUGAACUGAUACAGCUGAGCCAGAGAAAAGAACUUGUUAGCAGUAUCGUAACUUACUUCCUUAUGGACAGGGCACAUGCUGCUAUCACCCAAUUUCAUGAAGGUAUGAAUAGUCUGGGGGGUCUAUUCAACAUCAUGAAAAGAAAUCCCCAAGUAUUCGAGCCUGAAAUGUGUGGUGCGGGGAAGAAGAUGACAGCUGAGGAGCUGACCGCCAUGUUUCGGGUCAACUACCGCGACGAUGAUGAUGAGGAUGAUGAUGAGCAUGCUGUCAUGAAAUGCAUGACUAAAUUCCUCCAAGAUUGUGAAAGUGGAAAAUUGAACGUCACUGUGAACGACGUAUUGAUGUUCAUCACUGGAGCCAACCGAAUUCCUCCACAAGGCUUGGGCAUCAUAAAUAUCGAAUUCUUCAAUCAGAUUCCUGGGGAAGAACGCCUCAUCACACCUUCAACAUAUGCUCUGCUCCUUCGCCUGGACAGAGGACUCCAGGUGCAGGAGUAUUUCGAUACAAAGGUCGAGUUUGCUGUAAGAGAAGGCCUUGCAGCAGGAUUCGGUAAAAUUUAAUGUGUGUACAUAACAGAAUGUAAGGUAAAGUGGGGGAAAAGCAACUCCUGGCUAUGUUUCUGAUUAAUAUAUCCAUCAUAAUUGAAGAUAUCUGCCCAUCAAAGCAUGAGUAUGAAUGCAGUAACUCCUAAGCUACUUCACAUAAAUUAUUUGUAAUUAUGUAACAUAUUAUGUAAGAGCAGUAGCCAUGAGAAGUCAACAACUUUCACACAUGGCGAAAAAAAGUUGGAAUAGAACUUUUUACGGUUCAGAAUUUUCCACAUUUAUAAUUCAAAUCCAUAUGUAUAACUUGAUUCAAGUGAACCGGUAUCUAGUCAAGAGAAGGUUACAUGAGGCAUUUGAUGCCACUGUUGACAGAAAUAAGAGAUAAUUUUCUGAAGAAGUUACGGUUGGGGUAAAAGCAACCCCUGGGUCGAUGUAAAGGCUGUCCCCAUGAAUUGCUUGCUCAAACUAGUUUUAAAGUGCAGAAAUGUUAGAUUCUUUACCUCUUGGCAUGAAAUCUAUUAAUUUCAGAUAAUUGAUAUUAGUUUUUUUGAUAGAAAUACAAUGUUAACCCUUUUACCACUAAGUAUGAAUACAUUGCCCUCUACAUUUUUGAAAGUACCAUAAGUUUUUCAACCCACAUAGAAGGUAAUAGGUUUAAGUUCUGGUAUGAGGUCAUCUAAUAUUCUCCUUCAUAAGCUCAAAUAAGAAAAUUGGCAUUAAAAGCAAAUUAUCAUGAAAAUAUCACUUUCUCAAAAUAUCGCUUCAAAAUGUCAUGAUAGGAAUUUUUUACAUUUAGCUUUUUUCUCGCAAAAACAAAAUGUUAUAUAAAUUGCUGAUUAAUUCUAUGGGUUUUUGGCCCAAAAAAAUUAAAUCCAUAGUUUCAGUUUGUUGAAAUAAGUGAUUAUUAAAAAUCUAAAGCUUGAUAUAGUUUUGUUUGAUGAUAGGCUUACUGCAGUUACAGACCAAUUUUGUCAUAAAGCUAGACAGGAUAGUACGAAAUAGUUUUAUCACCAAUUUGUACCAUAAACCUGUGGAAAAAAAUGUGUUCUUAUGCUUUACACAGUCAGUAAAUAUAAAAAUUUUCAGGGGUUGCUUUUACCCCAAAGCCAAGGGGUAAAAGCAACCCCUGAUCAGCGGUUUUGCAUUGUCCCUCACAGGCAUUGUUUCAGACGCAGUGGCUUGAAGUGCAGGUAUUAUCUUCAGAAGACCUGCCACUACAAUAUCCAGGCAAAUUUUACUGCAUCUGCCAAGACAUCUCUCGUGUAAUUGAAGAUAUCGUGAAAAAGGGGGUUGCUUUUCCCCCACUUUACCUUACAGAUAUCAUGAAUAUGCCGUGCAUAGUUAUCAAUCUUUAUUUGACAAUACUUAACCCUUUCCCUUCUGACCGCGCAAUAUUGCGCGUUUCUGGGGAUUCCCCGUUUUCGUGACGUUAGUUUCGGUUUAGUGGUGGUAUUUCAGUCGCUCAACUAGUCACGAAGUUUGUACUUGUUCUCCGCUGAUUUUCAGUGUUUUUUUCUCGAUUUUUGGUUAAAAAUGAGCAAAUAAAGGGGGUUUGACCCGAGGGAAGUUGCCAGACGACAGGGACAUCAGCAAUAAUCCCAAUUUUGAUUGGGAAUUACGGCGAUUUAGGUGAUGUUUUAGAGUGUUUUUGAUCGCGCAUUGGAUAGCACACCAGCUAUAGUGUAAAUGCACGUAGUUUUAGUGUUGGUGGUGACACCACAACCCCUCAGCUCAGGGGUCCAAGGCUGGGGGGGGGGGGCAGAGGGGAAAUUAACGCUAAUUAACAAUUACUAAUUAACCAAUUAGUUGUAAUUACUAACCAAACAUAUCAUUCUGGAAACUACAUGUUCUUACAGAAAAUGUAUACUUUUCUGUAGUUUAGCCAGCAGGAACUCAUGGAAAUGAAAAAUAUAAUGUUUUUUGUAAAAAAAAUGUGAAAAUUGAAAAAGGUUUCAGAAGGGGAAGGGUUAAGAACUAUAUCAUGUUGAACUUGUAAUUAUAAUUUACAGGGUAUUUUGUAUCAACUGAAUCAUACUGUUGGGAAAUAAUUGUCCAUGCAACUUUUAUCUUUAUCUUUUGUGUAAAUAUCAAAAUUGAGCGCUUAGGUUUCACGGAACAACAACUGGAAAAGAUCUUUUGAAUAUUUCAUUUCAACACGCCUGUAAAUAUGAUAUCUUAAUUGAGUACAUGUAUCUACUGUAUAUCUGCAAAACAAGCGAACAGAUACUUUGUCCUCUCCUCCAGUGGUGUAGUAAUUGGUAUUUGAGUCUUGAUCUCGAAGUAUACAUAGUUAUACAUUAUUGUGGGAUUUUAAGCAGACUGGUUUUGAUAGAUUUUUCAAGAGAUAUUGCUCAAAAAGAAAUGUUCUGAGUUCACAGACAUUAUGAAUAUGCUUUUAUCUUUAUCUUUUGUGUAAAUAUCAAAAUUGAGCGCUUAGGUAGCUUUCAGGAGUUAGAAGUGUGUUCAUGCGCCUUGCAACCCCUAACCGUAGUUCCUAAAAAAUAGUGGAUUCCCUGUUGCUCACGUUAUCUAUCACUGAACGAACACCUGCACGAGUUGGGACAUGCCGUGAAGACUUCCUGAAACCUCUAGCACCGUUCAAUAGAUUGGUGUAUUUCAUAAAUGCAUUUUCGUCAUAAUGGCUGCGUAGGCGUUCACUGCAUUGGGAGUGCAUCGGCCAGGUGAUCAGCUGUUUCACAGUCAAGUUUUUGGUGCAUUUUCCGUGUUUUGGACAAAAAUCAAAAUAGUUCGAAAGUAAGCUGACUAAACUAGAUAUUUUUUGCAUUUUUCUCGAGCCUGAGCUAUUGCCUUUUAUGCGAAAAACCGGAUUUUUGGAUUUACCUGUAAGAAAACGUUUAAAAUUCGCACUUUUUAGUGAUUUGAGGGUCUGGCUUGAGAUUUUUAGUUUCGGAUGGCAUCAAGUAGUGGGAACAAAUCCUGUGCUAAUUAUUGACAUGUAUCCCUUACAUAAAUGAGGUUAGUUCCUAUAGAAAGAAGAGAUCACGGCCUUUCCGAUGGUAUACAACAGCGGCUGGUCAUUCUUCGAAAUGUGCCUUUAAAACCCUAAAUGAAAGGGGUGCCAUUUGCUAUUGAAAGAACAUCCUGGCGUCACGCACUACCGGCAUAACUGUUGAGUCUUACCUUACGUUUCACAUAACAACAGCUGGAAAAGAUUUUUUGAAUAUUUCAUUUUAACACGCCUGUAAAUAUGAUAUCUUAAUUGAGUAUCUACUCAAGUUAAUAAAUAAUGUUUACAAAA